ACAUGACUCCAGUCCACCAUCGGGUGCAGCCAGCAGCCUUCAGCCUCCAAACUACACACACAGACAGACAUGUCCUUUCUAAUCUAAUCUGACUGUUCACAGAUCAGCCCCUGAGGCUGGGUACGGAGCCGUUUCCUCCACAGACACACAGAUCCGGGUUCUCUGGGAGAGGGAAAGAUGCUGUCAGCAGACAGCAGUGGCUCACCCCUCAGGUUCACCCCUCUGGUGGUGAUUGAGCUGGCUUCAGACACCAAGGAGGAAGCCAUCGCAUGGUUACUGAGCAGGAUACGAGACAAACAACAGAAUGGAGGUGCUGAGCUGCUGGUGGAGCAGCUGGGCCCCGGGGUCGAGGCUCAGGAGAAGGAGAAUCCAAACAUGUUCCUGGUGGGGGCUACUAGGCCGAGGCUGCUCUCUGGUGCUGAGGACGUGGGCCUCUUCAAGGAGUUCAACGACGGAUCCAUGAGAGGCUUCACCGGCGCCAACAAACACAACUUCAAAGACUUUAAAGGGGACGGAGACUCCUUCCUCAGCACGGCUGAGUGUCAGUACAUCAUUAAACACGAGCUGGACACAUUACGGGCCAAAGAUGAGACUCACGUACCGGGACACAGCCAGGUCAAGCUUUACCCCGGGAAAUCUAUAAUUCGCAGACUGCUGUCCAAGGGGAUCCUGUUCCAAGUUUUCCCUCUCCAUGAGAGGGAGGAACUGAAGAAGCUGUCUUUUUCUUGGUACGGAAAGGUGAAGCUCUCCCUUCAGCCUCUUGAUGACAUCAGACACUACUAUGGUGAGGGUCAGGCCCUCUACUUUGGCUUCCUGGAGUACUUUACCUUUGCCCUGGUGCCUAUGGCUCUCAUUGGAGUGCCUUACUAUCUGUUUGACUGGGAGGACUACGACAAAUACGUCAUCUUUGCUGCGUUCAACUUGGUCUGGUGCACUGUUAUCCUGGAGUUGUGGAAGCGUUGCAGCGCCUCACUGGCCUACCGCUGGGGCACGCUGAGCAGGAAGAAAGCCUUCGAAGAACCGCGGCCUGGUUUCCACGGCGUCCUCGGGUUCAACCCCGUGACGGGCCGCGAGGAGCCUCUCUACCCCAACGCCAAGAGGCAGCUGCGUGUCUACCUGGUGUCCCUGCCCUUCGUCCUGCUCUGCCUCUACCUGUCCCUCUACAUCAUGAUGAUCUACUUCAUAAUGGAGGGAUGGGCGAUGUCAAUCCAUGAUGCGGAGCCCACAUUCUGGACAGGAAUACUGUUGUUCAUCCCCAGUAUUAUCUACGCUGUGGUCAUAGAGAUCAUGAACCUCAUCUACAGAUAUGCUGCGGAGUUCCUUACUGAGUGGGAAAACCACCGGCUAGAGUCUUCAUAUCAGAAUCACUUGGUCCUCAAAGUAUUAGUAUUCAACUUCUUCAACUGCUUCGCCUCGCUGUUCUACAUUGCCUUCGUCAUGCAGGACAUGGUGCUGCUCAGACAGAGUCUGGCCACGUUGUUGAUCACCAGUCAGAUCUUGAAUCAGUUCAUGGAGGCCUUCCUGCCCUACUGGCUCCAGAGGAGACGCAACAAGAAGAUGAUGCGCAAAGUCCAGAAGGCAAGAACUCUGGAUGACAAAGAGCUUCCUCUGGCCGAGCAAGUCCGGCUGGAGGCCGACAUGAGCACCUACUUGGGUACCUUCGAUGACUACCUGGAGCUGUUCCUGCUGUUUGGAUACGUCAGUCUGUUCUCCUGCGUUUACCCUCUGGCUGCCGUCCUGGUGGUGUUGAACAACAUCACAGAGGUUCACUCGGACGCCUUCAAGAUGUGUCGCGUGUUCAAACGACCUUUCUCUGACCCGGCGGCGAACAUAGGAGUCUGGCAGCUUGCCUUUGAGGCCAUGAGCGUGAUCGCCGUUGUGACCAACUGCUCGCUGAUAGGCAUGUCUCCACAAGUCAAGGCUUACUUUCCCGAAUCAGACAUACAGCUCAUACUGGUGACGGUGGCUAUUGAGCAUGGGCUGCUGGCCGUCAAGUUCAUCCUGACCUUCCUCAUCCCAGAUGUUCCCAAACACAUCCAGAUCAAUCUGGCCCGUCUGGAGUUUGAAUCACUGGAGGCCCUCAAGAAAAAGAGACCGUCCCAUGGAGGAAAAUGCUCGAAGCCUCGGAGCUCACUAAGAGCAUCCUGUGAGGAGGAGAGGAGGACCUACAGACGGUGACGGACCGCCGGCAGCCGCUGCUUCACACAGCUUUAACAGAUCACACAUUGACAUGUAUGUAUUAAGACCAAACCACCAAGGGUGUGCUGCUUACCUGCAAUAUCUUCACAGCAUGACUGACUGGGCUGCAGACAGAGGUUAACCGUUCUAGAUACAGAGAUGUGUACCUGAUGUGUUUCGGUUACUCACUAAAUGAGAUGUACUGUAAUGAGGUUUUAUGUUGGGGUGGUUUACACAUGAGAUAAAUGGGGUGGUUAACAGGUAUUGAAAUCACAGGAGAAUGCUGUAUUAUGACGUACUAUAUAUAUAUAUACUGUAGCAAAUAAUAGAUUUUAUAUCCAUGACUGUUGAUGAAAGGUUGUCUGUUAUUUUCUGUUCUUUGGGUUGAGUCAAUCAGUACUGUUUGGGAUUACCUACAAUUGUGAUUACUAAAGAGUUCUAAGACUACAGGGUGAUGGCGUAAACACAGUAAACCAAAGGCUCCAUCUAAUAGCCUGCCGGCUUAAAUGACUGACUCACUUAUGCUGACUGUUUUUCACUAUAAAAGCUGCUUGUAAUUGGACACCAAUACUCACACUGAGUUCUGCACUCCACAGUAUGGAAGAAAAUAGUGUCCAUAAAGGUUUCAAUCUUAAUAAGCAACCAAAUACCUAAUUAUGGAAUGUAAUCACUACUAAAUACGUCAAUGGUAUUGAAAUGUUAAACAUAACAUUUUACUUUGAAAACCAUCUAUCUGCAUUUAUGUAGUCUGAAUUUCAGAAAGAAAAUUCAAUUGUGCAAUAGAAAUUAAAAAAAAAGCUAUAAUCAUGUUGGUCAAACUUUGUUGUUCAUUUUUGGAUAUAAACAUUUAAUUAAAAAAAUGUAAAUCUCCUCAGUUCUUGUAUCAUGCCGUGAACCGGCCACCUUUUUGUUAUGUUAUACAACUAUGUACAUUGUUUUUAAGACCCCCCAAAAAUUAAUAAAUAUACAAAAAAGUGCUAUUGCAUAUCGAAAAAAUAAAGUAGUAAGCGACCUCACAUUUUCACAAUUUUUAUUUUACACACCAAAGUUUAUAACAAACACAAAACACAAUCUAAACUUAUUUUCACGAUGUGGGACCUUUAAGUAUUCGGUAGUGAUUAAAUCAGGCAAUCAGGUAUUCAGUUGCUUUAAAUAAUAUGGCUUUCUUUUUUGCUUCCAUAGACAAGAGAUCAUGACAAAUGUUGGUUUUCGUUGGGCUGUCUUAUGUUGUGACGUGCAUGUGAUGUGACCAGGGUAUUAUCAGUUAGUUAUAAUAUCAGUCUGUUACUUCCAGUGUUGAUGAAUAUGACUUGAAGUUAAACCAUCCACUCUUGUUACACCCCUGGUGCCUUGAACUGCAAUGCCUAUCUGAGUAUUUGUUUUUCUAUGCUCUGGUAUUUACAAUACCAAUGUAUUAAAACGGUUGUGGACAAUAAAGUAGAUUCAAACCUUAUAAAGAAGGAAAUGAAAUGUGUGUCCAGCUGUACCCACUGGUGUGUGUUUGUCCUGUUAUUAAAUAUCAGCGCCGGAGGCCUGAAACAUGCUUUACAAUGUGAACCAGGAACUCACCACUCUGAGUUCCUGGUUAAAGCUCCACAGGGUUUGUGAGGAAAUGAAGUUCAUAGAAAGAUCAACGCUGAAUAAACCGGGAGUGUGCAAUCUG